GCUGCUGUUGAGCAAAGAUGGCGGCGGACACUGCAACGGAGCUGCUGUUUUUAGACACUUUCAAGCACCAGAGCGUGGAGCAAAGUACCAAUAUAGAUGUAGUUCGUUUUCCAUGUGUGGUUUACAUAAAUGAAGUACGUGUCAUUCCUCCAGGAGUAAGAGCUCACACAAGUUUGCCUGACAAUAGAGCUUAUGGAGAGACAUCCCCACAUACAUUUCAGUUAGACCUGUUUUUCAACAAUGUCAGCAAGCCAAGUGCCCCUGUUUUUGACAGGCUGGGAAGCCUUGAAUAUGAUGAGAACUCUUCAAUUAUCUUUAGACCCAAUGCAAAGGUCAACACGGAUGGAUUGGUCCUAAGAGGCUGGUACAACUGUCUGACAUUAGCAAUAUAUGGAUCAGUUGAUAGGGUAAUAAGUCAUGACAGAGAUUCUCCUCCACCCCCUCCACCACCACCUCCUCCUCCCCAGCAACAACCAGGUUUGAAAAGAAACCCAAAACAUGUUGAUGGGGAGAAAGAAGAUCAGUUCAAUGGGAGCCCUCCAAGACCACAGCCCAGGGGACCAAGGACUCCUCCAGGCCCUCCACCUCCUGACGAUGAUGAAGACGAGCCCAUGCCUGUGACAGUGGCUGGGGAAAAGGAAGAUGAUGUUGAUCACAGGGAGGACUACUUUGAGCCAAUUUCUCCUGAUCGAACAUCCGUUCACCAAGAAGGCCAGUACUCUGAUGAAGGGGAGGUAGAGGAGGAGCAGCCAGAAGAAGGGGAGGAUGAGGAGGAAGAUGUGGAUGUUGAGGAAGAUGAGGAAGAGGAUGAGGAGGAUGGCCAUACAGUAGAGAGUAUUCCUGAGGAAGAAGACGAGGAGGAGGAGGAGGAGGAAGAUGAAGAAGAGGAAGGUGAGGAGGAGGAGGAGGGUGAAGGUGAUGAUGGCUAUGAGCAGAUUUCAAGUGAUGAAGAUGGAAUUGCUGAUCUGGAACGUGAAACAUUUAAGUAUCCAAGCUUUGAUAUUGAAUAUACUCCUGAGGAUCUAGCCUCAGUGCCACCUGUGACAUACGAGCCUUAUGAAAGAGAGCUUGGACCUCUUUUGUACUUUAACUGUCCUUACAAGACCAUAUUUGAGGUUGAAGUUGGUAAGAUAAAGGAUCAAGAUCCAGACAAGGAAAAUUCAGGGGCAGUAGAAGCCUCAGUUAAGCUAACUGAACUCCUGGAAUUAUAUCAGGAAGAAAGGGGUGCAAAGUGGGUUACAGCUUUAGAAGAAAUUCCAAAUUUAAUAACAAAAGGACUAAGCUACCUGCAAGUGAAGAACACAAAACAGGACUAUAUUACCCAAUUAGUAGACUGGACAAUGCAGGCUUUAAACUUGCAGGUAGCUCUCAGGCAGCCUAUUGCUUUGAAUGUCCGACAGCUUAAAGCUGGAACAAAAUUGGUGUCAUCGCUAGCAGAAUGUGGGACUCAAGGAAUCAUGGGACUCUUGCAUGCAGGAAUUAUUAAUGCAUUAUUUGAACUGUUAUUUGCAGAUCAUGUUUCAUCUUCCCUUAAACUUAAUGCUUUUAAAGCUUUGGAUAGUGUUAUCAGCAUGACUGAGGGAAUGGAAAUGUUUUUAAGAGGUGGGUUAGAGGUACAUGAAAAAAGUGGUUAUCAGAAACUCUUGGAGCUCAUACUAUUAGAUCAGACUGUGAGAGUAGUCACUGCAGGUUCUGCAAUUCUGCAGAAAUGCCAUUUCUAUGAGAUUCUGUCAGACAUUAAAAAGCUUGGUGACCAGUUAGCAGAGAACACUCCUCCCCUUCCUAAUCAUACGGAGUCUGAGCAGGAACCAGACCUUGGACUUGAGAGAACCAACCCAGAAUAUGAAAAUGAUGUGGAGGCGCCUAUGGAUAUGGACCAUCUUUUGGAAUCUUCUAAUAUCAGUGAAGGAGAGGUAGAAAAACUUAUUAGCCUCUUAGAUGAAAUCUUUCAUUUGAUGGAGACUGCACCACAUACAAUGAUUCAGCCACCAGUAAAAUCUUUUCCAACAAUGGCACGCAUUACAGGACCCCCAGAAAGGGAUGAUCCUUAUCCAGUCCUUUUCAGAUACCUUCAUAGUCACCAUUUCUUGGAAUCUAUCACCUUGCUACUAUCCAUUCCAAUAACAAGUGCUCAUCCUGGUGUGCUUCAGGCUGUCAGAGACGUGUUGAAGUUCCUGGGACAGUCACAAAAAGGUCUCCUCUUCUUCCUGUCUGAGUAUGAAGCAACAAACCUGUUGAUUAGGGCGCUGUGUCAGUUUUCAGAUCCAGAUCAAGAAGAAGGUCUCCAAUCAGAUGGUGCCAGUGAUGAUGCAUUUGCCUUGUGGCUCCUGCAUUCAACACAGACAUUGCAGUGUAUUUCAGAAUUAUUCUGCCACUUUCAGCGGUGCACAGCCAGUGAGGAAACUGACCAUUCGGACCUCUUGGGAACAUUUCAUAACCUUUACCUGAUUACUUUUAACCCUGUUGGAAGAUCUGCUGUAGCUCAUGUGUUCAGCCUUGAGAAGAACCUCCAGAGUCUUAUUACUUUAAUGGAAUACUAUUCCAAAGAAGCUUUAGGUGAUUCCAAGUCCAAGAAGUCGGUUGCCUAUAAUUAUGCAUGCAUACUUGUUUUGCUGGUGGUUCAGUCUUCCAGUGAUGUCCAAAUGCUGGAACAGUACUCAGCGCCUUUAUUGAAGCUUUGUAAGGCAGAUGAAAAUAACACCAAAUUGCAAGAGCUCUGCAAGUGGCUUGAACCUUUGAAAAAUCUUAGAUUUGAAAUUAAUUGUAUCCCAAAUCUCAUUGAAUAUAUUAAACAGAAUAUUGAUAGUUUGAUGACCCAGGAAGGAGUUGGUCUUCUUACUGCACUCCGUGUUCUUUGUCAUGUUGCAUGCCCACCACCUCCUGUUGAAGGUCAACAGAAGGAUCUUAAAUGGAACCUUGCAGUUAUUCAGCUCUUUUCUGCUGAAGGAAUGGACACCUUCAUUCGUGUUCUGCAAAAGUUGAACAGUAUUCUUAUUCAGCCUUGGAGGCUCCAUGUCAACAUGGGAACCACACUUCACAGAGUUACUACCAUUUCCAUGGCGCGAUGUACACUUAAUCUCCUUAAAACCAUGUUAACUGAGCUCCUGAGGGGUGGAUCUUUUGAAUUUAAAGACAUGCGUGUUCCUUCAGCACUUGUUUCUUUACAUAUGCUUCUGUGUUCUAUCCCUCUCUCAGGCCGUUUAGAUAGUGAUGAACAAAAAAUUCAGAAUGACAUUAUUGAUAUUUUAUUGACCUUUACCCAGGGAGUUAAUGAAAAACUUACAAUCUCAGAAGAAACUUUGGCCAAUAAUACUUGGUCUUUAAUGUUAAAGGAGGUCCUCUCUUCAAUUUUGCGAAUUCCUGAAGGAUUUUUCUCUGGACUUAUACUGCUUUCAGAAUUGCUGCCUCUUCCAUUGCCCAUGCAAACAACUCAGGAGCUGAAAUGGCUGCAUAGAGAUGUUUGGACUUUUCAAUGUACAUUAGUACCGGAAGAGGUUAUUGAACCACAUGAUAUAUCGGUAGCACUCAACACCAGAAAACUGUGGAGCAUGCAUCUCCACGUUCAGGCCAAAUUGCUACAAGAAAUAGUUCGAUCAUUCUCUGGUUCAACUUGCCAGCCUAUUCAGCAUAUGCUGAGGCGUAUUUGUGUUCAGUUGUGUGACUUGGCAUCACCAACUGCUCUUCUUAUCAUGAGGACUGUAUUGGAUCUGGUUGUAGAAGAUCUACAAAGCAGUACAGAAGAUAAAGAGAAACAGUAUACUGGCCAGACUACCCGAUUACUUGCUUUACUUGAUGCCUUGGCUUCACACAAAGCUUGUAAAUUAGCUAUUUUGCAUCUAGUUAAUGGAACUAUUAAAGGCGAUGAGAAGUAUGCAGAAGUUUUCCAGGAGCUGUUGGCUUUAAUGAGAUCUACUGGGGACAAUGUUAUUCAUCAGCAAUGUGCUGAAUAUGUAACAUCCAUUUUGCAGUCCCUCUGUGAUCAGGACAUAGCACUAAUUUUGCCAAGUUCCUCAGAGGGAUCUGUUUCUGAAUUAGAACAGCUCUCCAAUUCAUUACCAAGCAAGGAAUUGAUGUCCUUAAUCUGUGACUGUCUGAUGGAAACACUUGCUAAUGCAGAGACCAGUUACAAUUGUCUCCUGACAUGUAUCAGGACAAUGAUGUUCCUUACAGAGCAUGAUUAUGGAUUCUACCACUUAAAGAGCUCUCUAAGAAAACGCAACCAUGCUCUGUAUACCGUAUCAAAGCGAGUAAUAAGUAGCUUUAGUAAGGAUACAGGUGAACUGGCCUCUUCUUUUUUGGAUUUUAUGAGACAAAUUCUAAACUCCGACACACUGGGAUGUUGUGGAGAUGAUGGAAGUCUUAUGGAAGUAGAUGGUUCCCAUCCAGCCAGAACACUGGGUCUUACUACUGCAGAGUUAAAACAUUUAUUACAGAACAAAGAAGAAACUCCAGAAAAUUUGCUCCUUGAACUGGAGAAACAUGUUUUGGAACGUUCUAAAGAAGAUGACAGCCUUGAAUCCUUAUUGGACAAUGUAGCUGGACUUAGGCAGAUGCUGGAAUCAGCAGGCGAUCCUUGUCCUCUGAGUGACCAAGAUGUAGAACCAGUUCUUUCUGCACCAGACUCUCUCCAGAAUCUGUUUAAUAAUAGGACAACAUAUGUGUUGGCAGAUGUGAUGGAUGACCAGCUGAAAUCUAUGUGGUUCUCACCAUUCCAGGCUGAAGAAAUUGACACUGAUCUGGAUAUGGUAAAGGUAGACUUAAUUGAACUGUCAGAGAAAGGCUGCAGUGACUUUGACUUGCAAGCAGAACUGGAGAGAUCAUUUUUGUCAGAACCUUCAUCUCCUGGUAGGACAAAAACCACAAAAGGGUUCAAACUUGGCAAACACAAGCAUGAGACCUUUAUAACUUCAAGUGGAAAAUCUGAGUACAUAGAACCUGCAAAGAGAGCACAUGUUGUGCCACCUCCUAGAGGAAGAGGCCGGGGAGGAUUUGGACAAGGUAUUCGACCACAUGAUAUCUUUCGUCAAAGGAAACAGAAUACAAGCAGACCACCUUCUAUGCAUGUGGACGAUUUUGUUGCUGCAGAGAGCAAAGAAGUGGUCCCUCCAGAUGGGAUACCACAACCUAAAAGGCCACCAAAAGUAUCCCAGAAGAUAUCUUCACGUGGCGGGUUCUCAGGGAAUCGUGGAGGACGGGGAGCUUUUCACAGUCAGAACAGAUUCUUUACACCGCCUGCUUCAAAAGGAAAUUACAAUCGUCGUGAAGGAGCCCGGGGUUCAAGCUGGAGUGCACAAAAUACACCACGGGGCACCUACAAUGAAAGCAGAGGGGGUCAAAGCAAUUUUAAUAGGGGCCCCCUGCCACCAUUGAGGCCAUUAAGUUCUGCAGGCUAUCGACCCAGUCCUCGUGAUCGUGCUUCCAGAGGCCGUGGUGGAAUUGGACCAUCUUGGGCGAGUGCUAAUAGCGGUGGUAGCGGUGGCUCAAGAGGAAAGUUUGUUAGUGGAGGCAGUGGAAGAGGUCGUCAUGUACGUUCCUUCACACGAUAAAAAUGAGACCUUACAGAACAAACCAGCAGGGUGAACUUCUCAUGAUGAUGACAACAAAAAGAGGCACUAAAGGACCAAUUUAGACUUACUGGUAUCUGAAGACAGCGAGAGAAUAUUUUUGUCCGAAGAAAGCAGUUUUUGUUUGAAACAAGACUUGAAA